AUGACAAUUGAUCACAAGACAGUUGAUCCUGUUCACAUGACAGUUGAUCACAAGACAGUUGUUCCUGUUCACAUGACAGUUGAUCACAAGACAGUUGAUCCUGUUCAUAUGACAGUUGUUCACAAGACAGUUGAUCCUGUUCACAUGACAGUUGUUCACAAGACAGUUGAUCCUGUUCACAGGACAGUUGUUCACAAGACAGUUGAUCCUGUUCACAUGACAGUUGUUCACAAGACAGUUGAUCCUGUUCACAGGACAGUUGUUCACAAGACAACAGUUGAUCCUGUUCAUAUGACAGUUGUUCACAAGACAGUUGAUCCUGUUCACAUGACAGUUGUUCACAAGACAGUUGAUCCUGUUCACAGGACAGUUGUUCACAAGACAGUUGAUCCUGUUCACAUGACAGUUGUUCACAAGACAGUUGAUCCUGUUCACAGGACAGUUGUUCACAAGACAGUUGAUCCUGUUCACCAGACUGUUGUUCCUGUUCACCAGACAGUAUUAAAAGUGUUGGAGAAAGUGUUUUUUUGUUAUUAUCAUGAUAAAUUCCAAGUAAACACUAUACAGAAAUUGAAAGGGAUGAUGUUUUAUUUUUAUUAA